ACGUGGAAAUUUUUCUGAAACUCGAACAUCUGUCGACGUUGUUGGAUGAAUGAACGAUAUAGUGGUUGUUUUGCAGUAGUUAACAAAUAAAUCUUUAUUCUUUUUGCAAAAACUGGUGCGGAAAUGCAUCUGCGAUCAUCAUCUAAGCUGUUGUUCAAAUUCAAAAAUCUCACGCUAAAUAUCCCAACGGGGCGGAGCCUGUGUACAGCACGUGUGCGCACGAGUGGGAGCUUGAAACAGCACGCUGUUUGAAAAUGACAAACAUUACACGAAGAGCGUUAAUACCGGUUGCUUCGAAGAAGUGAUUUAGAACGCGAUUAAAAUCAUUUAGCUGUGAUCGAAAUAGUGCGAAUUACCAAAGAUGAGUCUCACAAAUCCAACUGUGUAUAUUUUAGUGCUGUAUCUACUCGUUGGUACUGAACCUUUUCUCCGCGUUGUAAGAUCACAAACUUUAGAAAAUAAGCCACCGUAUGUAGAUAAAAACCCAAUCGAGAAUGUAGAAAAAAUGAUUUCAUCGUGUCACGAGUUUACCAGUCUGUUAUACAAGACUUUAUCGAAAAGCAUAAAAGGCAAUAUUGUAAUUUCUCCUGUGAAUUUAUAUUUAUUAUUUUCUUUACUUACUCACGGCACUGGAGAUUCCACUUUGGACGAACUGAAAUGUAUUCUCUUUGAUGAUGAUAAUGAUACAAUUUCUUCGACUGAAGAACUCGCAGAUUGGAUAGCUCAAAUAAAAGAUCUUAAACACGGGGAUUUGUAUUCGGCAAAUGCCAUAUUUGCACAACAUAGAUGUCCCUUUAACGAUACGUUUGUAUCAAUAUGUACAAACAACUUUGAUUCCACUAUUACAACAGUCGACUUUAGCAAUAAGAUCAAAGCCGUUGAAGUAAUUAAUUCAUGGAUUCAAAGAUCGACUUAUAUCAAAAUAUUAAGUAAACUCAAUCCGGAUAUUAUUGAUCAAGAAACACGAAUGAUGUUGGUAAAUACAAUGUAUUUCAAGGGCAACUGGUAUGACACGUUUGAUAGAAACAUACAAAUGCGUCAAUUUUAUGUUUCCAAAAGACAUUCACCUUUUGUCCCAACAAUGAAAAAGACCACAAAAUUUAAUUACAGUGAAAUACCAGAGUGGAAAGCAAGUUUGAUUGAAAUACCGUACAUGAAUUCAGACUUCGUAAUGGUGAUAUUGUUGCCAAACGAAGAAGUGGACUUGCAGACUGUAGAAAGGAAUUUCAACUGGACAUCAUUGGCAAACGCACCCAGAUCUGUCGAGGAAAUAGAAUUGUAUCUACCUAAAUUCAAUAUUGAUUUUACUGUGGACUUGAAAGAUACUUUAAAAGAGUUAAGCGUGAUCACAAUGUUUUCGGAAGAUGCAAAGUUUUCAACUAUGAUAUCUCAACCUAUGCAUCUAAACCAUAUAAUAGAAAAAACUGUUAUAGAUAUUGAAAGUCCAGACGAUGAUGUACUAGUUGCAGAUGAAGAAGGUUCAAGGAAUUUGGCAUCGAGAAUAUUUGCGGUAGAACGUCCAUUCUUAUUCGCAAUAGAAUAUAAGCCACAUAAGGUACCUCUACUUUUGGGAAGUGUGCGGGAACUAAAACAUCAACUAUGGAAUGAUGAAUUUUAAAUAAUAACUUCUAUAAAUAAUUAAAUUGAAUUAAAGAAAUUUUAUAUAGUUUUUUAAAUGUUAUU